AAACAAUUCCAAACGUGGUUUUUGGAGGGGGGUUUCCUAAUGAAUCAGUAGUCCCAGCCCUGUGCCUUCCCUGCAUAGGUCGGCGAUAUUGCGUGGAGGAUCUUCGCCUCCUGCCUCUCCUGCUCCCACCCCCUCGCCCUCCUAUGGGAAACGCUGCGGCCGGGGGUGGGGGGAGGCCAGCCCUUUUAUAAGCGUGGUCUUGCGGCAAGUUGAGGUUGAUAGGAGUGGCGGGAGAUUUGGCUCGCUCCGAGAUACCCGCUUCCCAAGCUGUGGGGUCCCGUGGGAUGACCAAAGGGGGAAUGGAGUCAGUCGAAGUGUUCACGUCUGAAGGCAAAGGCAGGGGCUUGAAAGCGCAGAAGGAAUUCUUGCCUGGGGAUGUCAUCUUUGCGGAGCCAGCCUACGCUGCCGUGGUUUUUGAUAGCCUGACACAUGUCAUCUGUCACACCUGCUUCAAACGGCAGGAGAGGCUCCACCGCUGCGGCCAGUGCAAGUUCGCCUACUACUGUGACCGGACCUGCCAGAGAGCGGCUUGGCUGAACCACAAAAAUGAGUGCUCUGCCAUCAAGAAGCAUGGCAAGGCACCCACUGAAAACAUCAGGCUGGCUGCCCGCAUCAUGUGGAAGAUAGAGAGGGAAGGCAGCGGGCUGGCAGAGGGCUGCCUGGUCUCCAUUGAUGACCUGCAGAACCACGUGGACAGCUUUGAUGAGGAGGAGAAGAAGGAGCUCCGUGCUGAUGUGGAGAGCUUCCUCGAGUUUUGGCCGCCCCAGAGCCAGCAGUUCGGCAUGCAGUACAUCUCCCACAUAUUCGGAGUGAUCAGCUGCAACGGCUUUACCCUCAGUGACCAAAGAGGACUGCAGGCUGUUGGUGUGGGAAUCUUCCCCAACCUCUGCCAGGCCAACCAUGACUGCUGGCCCAACUGUACCGUCAUCUUCAACAAUGGCAAUCAUGAGGCUGUAAGAUCAAUGUUCCACACACAGAUGAGGAUUGAGCUACGGGCACUGACCAAGAUUUCUCCAGGGGACGAACUGACCGUAUCCUACGUGGAUUUCCUCAACGUGAGUGAGGAGCGGCGGAAGCAGCUGAAGAAGCAGUAUUACUUCGACUGCACCUGCGAGCAUUGCAAGAAACAGAUCAAGGACGACCUGAUGCUGGCGGUGAAGCAGGGGGAAGGCAAGCCCUCUGCAGAGACAGUGAAGGAGGUCAUCCAGUUCUCCAAGGACACGCUGGAGAAGAUCAACAAGGCCCGCAUGGAGGGACUUUACCACGAAGUCGUGAAGAUGUGCCGCGAGUGCCUGAAGAAACAGGAGCCUGUGCUGGGGGACACGAACAUCUACCUCCUGAGGAUCCUCAGCAUUGCCUCCGAGGUGCUCUCUUACCUCCAGAUGUUUGAGGAAGCAGCUGACUACGCCAAGAGGAUGGUGGACGGCUACCUGAAAAUAUACCAUCCCAACAACGCACAGCUGGGGAUGGCCGUGAUGCGGGCAGGAGUGACUCACUGGCAUGCCGGUCUCAUUGAAGCCGGGCACGGCUUGAUCUGUAAAGCCUAUGCCAUUCUCCUGAUAACCCAUGGACCUUCCCACCCAAUUACCAAAGACCUGGAGGUCAUGCGUGUCCAGACGGAGAUGGAGCUGCGCAUGUUCCAGCAGAAUGAGUUGAUGUAUUACAAGAUGAGGGAAGCUGCCCUCAAAAACCAAAAGAUUCAAGUCAUGCCUGAACCCAGCAAUGAGACCUCACCAAGCCUCUUCCACAAGAAGGAAUAAACUCCAAGCUUGACACAAAUUCACGCCUGUGGGAUAACAUCGCCUGUGGCACCUCCAAACAUGGGGAAUGUGAUAUAGGAAUGUGAUAUAUCCAUAAGGAUUGUUUCCAGUGGCACCAGUCUGACAGCAUGGACCCGCUGGGGGAGAGUCCUGAAAAACCUUCUGAGGGCUCAAAGCAGAGGAGAUCUUGGCAGAAACAACAUCCUUUUUCUACCACUAGCAUUAAAAAUCAAAGCAAAAAAACCUGUUAUAAAAUUAUUUACAUUCUUAUUGGAAGCCUGUUUAUCUCUACACAAGUCCUGAUCCUGAAGUCCUUGGUUAAAUUUUAAUUUAUUCUUUCCUAAGUGUUUUUUUCCCGUCCCUUCCUUGUGAUCAUCAUUUCUUUCCAAUGAUGUC